GCGAGGUAGGAAGGGCUUUACGCCCUUGCAAAAGGUGACAUCGGCUAUUAAACAGCUCGCAACUGGAAACACUCCAGACGAGAACGACGAGUACUUGCAUAUGGCCGAAAGAACUUCCCGCGAGUGCCUAGAAUAUUUUUGUGACACGGUUUGCAAAAUAUAUGGUCCAGAGUUCUUACGUAGACCGACAAGCCACGACAUGGCACUUUUAUACCAAGCUCAUGAGGAAAAACAUCACCUUCCAGGUAUGUUCGGUAGCCUUGAUUGCACCCAUUUCGUUUGGCGUUUUUGUCCGACAGAGAAAUUCAAGAGGCAACAUGAGGCGGCAAGAAAAGACGUCGAACGGGCUUUUGGUGUUUUGAAGGGGAAAUGGGGUGUAUUGAGUCGACCGAUGCGAGCAAGAUCGGUUAAAAAAAUUAGGAAUGUCGUGUACACGUGUAUUAUUUUACACAACAUGAUUUUGAAAGACGAUGGAAAGGCGAUAGCACCGGUGCACAUUCGGGAUCCUCCGGUCGAGCCGGCUCUAGACGAUACGGUGCUGGGCGAGUUGUUGAAUGAAGACACCCAUUGGAGACUCAAACACGAUCUCAUAGAUCAUCUCGCAAGUCAAGAUUUACCCCAUCUUUUGGCCGAUUCCGACGAAGACUAGUUUAAAUUGUUUCAUGCUAAUGUAAUUUUAUUGUUUUUUAAUUUAGUGUA